AUGGUGAAUUCUGAUUCACCAUGCAAAUCAUUAGAAACAAAAAGGGAUAGAACUUGGUUAUAUAAAGAGUAUUAUAGUGGCGAUAGAGAUUCUGAAGGGAGGAGGGAUGGUCACGGAAGGAAUAAUUGGUCUGGAGCAAAGUCCCUAGAAAGUUACCAUGGCAAUUUCUCACAUGACACAAUGCACGGUCCUGGUGAAUACCGUUGGAGACACCACGGCCAACACGGAGCCUUUACUUACGAGGGGUACUUUUAUAAUAAUAGUAUGCAUGGAUAUGGGAUUAUAUCCUUUCCAGAUGGACGGACCUUUAGAGGUAUUUUCAACAAUAACAUAAGAUGGGGUCCCGGUGUACAGUCGCAUACGACGAUGCACGAAGAUGUAGGACUCUGGAGAGGCGCACAGCUAAUAAGACUUGCUUGGAAGCCGCCUACGCCAAGUGUAGCACCUGAUUUAAUGUCUCAUUUAGUUGGAAGGUCGAUCGUGGAAUCGCAUAGACGGCUGUUGGCAACGAAAACUAAAAUCAUAGGUGAAACUAACAGCGCAUUGGAUCUCCUAAAAGACUGCGGUGCUAAUCCGGAAUCAGCUGUGGAGAGAUGGAUUAAGCUGUAUCCGAAGGAUUGCACGGACCUCGCCAGUCCACUGUGUAAUAUUGAGCAUUUCGAUCGCGAAUAUUACAAAGGAAACAUACAGACGACAUUGAAAGAAGUAUCUGAAUUACAAUUUGAGGAUCCACAAAGCACCGGGGACCGUAUUCAAAACGAAUUUUACUAUGCGUGGAACAAUAAUAAUACUAUAAUUAACAUGAUGAAACAUUGUUAUCAACACGAGCGACAGAGAGACAAAUCUCAAAUAGAUUUGACAUCAAUUUUAUCUGGUCCAAGAAGAUCAUUCAGGUCAGCCGGAGCACAUGAAGCUGACUGCAGGGCACUGCUUUUGACCAGUUACUUAGGAUAUAUUGUUAAUGUCGCACAAUUAAUAAAUAGCCAAAAUGUCCACCCGAACAUUUGUGAUAUGCAAGGGAAUUCAGCUGUUAUGUACGCUACGUGUGGAGAUCAAGCUGAUGUUAUCCGCUUUCUUGUGGAAGCUGGUGCCAGUGUAAAUGACUUUAAUGAUUCUUGUUGCACACCUUUAGGAGUAGCACUUAUGCGGUUCAGUUGUGCUGUUAAUGAGAUACCUCCAAACUUGAUGCUUCAAGCUCUAAUACCUCCACCAGUUUCACCUGCACCUGCCACAGGCGAACCAAAAGUCUUCGAAUGGAAUAUAUUACGGGAUCAGUGGUCGCAAAGUACUGGUCCCAUGUUAAACAAAUCUCCUAGCAAAACGGGAAAGAGUGGUAGUUCUAAAAGAAUUAAAUCCCUAAUGUCUAUCAAGGACCAACCGCCAGGCAAAAAGAAAACUGAUACUACACCUCUUAAGGCACCCGAACCCGCCUAUGAUUCUGAUGAUUCGCUAUCGGAUAAUAAAAAAAUUUAUAUAGAUGCCAAUAAAGAAUAUUCUAUUAAAGUCAAUGAUAUAUUUUUAAACGCAUACGCCGAUGUACCCUAUAUAUUCGAAGUAAGAGAUAUGAUAAUGGACAUUGAAACUACCGAAGACGAGCCAAAGAAAGUGCCGGAAAAGAAUCCAAAAAAGGUUGCUUCAAAGGUUAUUAAAGACACAAUGAAGACGAGUAAAGUUCUUCUUGGUCAAAGCAAAGAAAUAGUAGGCGAUUCUUCACAAACCAGUUUCGAAAAAGUACGUACGGAAAUGUUGGCUAAAAUGAAACUGACGUUACUCGAACUGCUGGCAAAUGGUGCUAAGCCGCAGCUGGUUCGGUGUCCACAAUCAGCGUUAGUGAUCGCAAUAACGAGCAAUAGCCCAGAUUUGAUCAAACAUUUAAUUAAUUAUGGCGCUGAUGUAAAUGAAAUUUAUCCACAAAUAUAUGGUUAUUCACCAUUAGAUGUGGCAGUGGCAAGACCAUUCACUUGGGACAACUUAGAAAUAAUAAGAGCGUUACUAGAAUGCGGUGCAAAUGCAAGGCGAGGUAUUCACUAUCAAGUUGAUUCAUCGGAUAUAACAGUUGCUGUAACACGAGGAUCGCCGCCUACUUUGCUGCAUGCUGUUCUAGCUAGGAGGGUGGAGGGCGAACCUGAAGAAGAGGUACGCCGUCAAUUAGUUAAUCUUCUCCUGGAUUACAACUGCAAUGCAAUUUCACAAUUCAAAGGAAGAUCUGCGAUGGAUGUAGCUAUGACGAAGAAUAUUGAUUUAUUCGAUGUUUUCAUAAGAAACAGAAGGACUAACCUGAACUGCACCAUCAAUGACCUGAAUCAGACUGUUUUAGUGAAAAUGUUUUGGAACCCUUAUUUUAAGAGUAUUGGCAGUUUAGAGAGAAUUCAAACGCUUACUAAUCUACUAGUAUAUGGUGCUGAUCCUCUGCUACCGUGUGAAAAUGGAACAGAAAAAUACAAAAAUAUAUUUGUCUUCGCCAAGAAGACAUUGGGUGAAAUGGAAAACAUACAAUCAGUCGGUGUCCAAGACCCAAAAGUAAAGAAGCCUGAAAAAUCUAAGAAAGAAGAAAAGUUAUCCACCAAAUCCAUAGGGAAAAUGGUAACAGAUGACAAAGAAGAUUACAAACAGGCUAUAGAGCUUGUAACAGAAUGUGCCAGACUUCUACACAUCCGAUGGUUGCAAGGAAAAUUGAUAAAGGAACUAAUCGAAACUAUAGACAAAUACAAACAUCGGCAAUGGAAUAUAAUUCUAAAGGAUUGUAAAAAUAAGAAAGGCAUCGGUGUUUGGAUUACACCGCUUCGCUGUAUCGAAGUUUGGAAUAUCCUCGCUUCCACAAAGAAGAAAAAUUUUACCGACCGAAGAGUUUUGAAACAUCUACUUAAUAUUGUGACAUUUCUUGCUUGGCGAUUCUAUUACCCGAAAAAGAACGACUUUACCCCUGGAGCAAGAGUAACCGCCGUUGUAAAGGAUCUUAUUGAAAAGGAUGUGAACUUUAUUUUAAAAGAAAAUAAGCCGGCGGGCCAAAAGAUUGACGAAGACAGCCUGUCUUGGAAGUGCUCAUAUGUGAAGCCUGAAUUGGAUAAGACGGAAAACAAGUUCAAAGUUUGCUUCGAAUGUGCAUUGCCAUUAGCUGAAACCAGUAUAAAGUGCAGCGUUUGUAAACUUGUUUCGUUCUGUUCCCUGGAUUGUAUGAGAAAAAAUAUAGAAAGAGCUAACUGUCAUCCAUGUAGCAACGAGUUGAAAAUUAAUACCUUUCCCACCAUGGCUUCAGCUGCAAAGAAAAUUAAACUUUCGAAACCGUCAUCUAGCACCGAAACGAAAACAAGUUUGGAAGAGUUCGCUAAAAGUAUUCAGAAAAAGCGGGAAAGUACCGCGGAGUCAAUUUUACAGUAUAAGUUUAAUAAGAAACGCGUUAGAAUAAUAUCUCAGGAGCAAAUGGUACCAGAUAAAUGUGAGGGAGUAGUCUAUUGGAUGUCAAGAGACAGUCGUGUGCAAGAUAAUUGGGCUUUCCUAUUUGCUCAGAAGCUAGCAUUAAAGAAUGAAGUACCGCUUCACGUGUGUUUCUGUUUAAUUGCCAAAUAUUUAGAUGCGUCGGUGCGACAGUUUCACUUUUUAAUCAAAGGAUUAGAAAAAGUUGCAUCCGACUGUAAAAAACUAAAUAUAUCGUUCCACUUAUUGGAGGGAAGUGGGGCUGAUGCAUUACCACAAUGGGUUGAAAAACAUCAUAUUGGAGCUGUAGUCUGUGAUUUUAAUCCUUUGAGAGUGCCACUAAGUUGGCUUGAUGGGGUUAAGAAGAAGCUUAAGAAGGAUGUCCCUUUAAUACAGGUUGACACACACAAUAUAGUACCCUGCUGGGUGGCAUCAGAUAAGCAAGAAUACUCAGCGCGAACAAUCAGGAAUAAAAUCAACUCUAAAUUAGAUGAAUAUCUCACAGAAUUCCCGCCUGUUAUCAAACACCCUUACACAAGCAAGUUUGACUCCGAGCCUAUAGAUUGGGAUGAUGCCAUAGAAUCUCGUGAAGCUGAUAAGUCAGUAGGACCAAUAGAAUGGGCAGAACCAGGAUAUGAUGAAGCCAUUAAAAUGUUAAAGGGAUUUAUAGACACGAGGCUUAAAAUUUUCGCAACAAAACGUAAUGAUCCUACACAUAAUGCACUAAGCAAUAUGUCGCCCUGGUUUCAUUUUGGUCAAAUAUCCGUUCAACGAGUUGCAUUAUGUGUACAAGAGUACAAAUCUAAGUACACAGAGAGUGUGAAUGCAUUUCUAGAAGAAGCAAUAGUGAGAAGAGAGUUGGCAGAUAACUUCUGCUUUUAUUGUGAUAAAUAUGAUAGCAUUAAGGGGGCUAGUAACUGGGCACAAAAGACACUUGAUGAUCACAGAAAAGAUAAACGGACGCACAUAUACAACUUAGAACAGCUAUGCAAAGCUGAAACACAUGAUGACCUAUGGAACUCAGCACAACUUCAGUUGGUGCGCGAAGGGAAGAUGCACGGUUUCCUACGAAUGUACUGGGCUAAGAAGGUUCUCGAAUGGACGCCGAGCCCUGAAGAGGCACUACGCUGCUCGAUAUACAUGAAUGAUCAUUACAGCGUAGACGGUAGAGACGCUAGUGGUUAUACUGGUUGCAUGUGGUCCAUAUGCGGCAUUCACGAUCAAGGUUGGGCGGAGCGAGCGGUGUUCGGGAAGAUCCGUUACAUGAACUACGAGGGCUGCAAACGAAAGUUUGACAUUAAGGCGUUUAUCGCAAGAUACGGCGGUAAAGUGCAUAAAUAUGUGCCCAAGAAAUAA